AUGACUAAAGGUCCCAACAGCCCUGAAGCCAAGCGCCAUAGAGGCGGUCGUUCACCUGUGACUGCCGACGAGGAGAUGACGGAGCGCAAUCAGCUGUCCAUCCCCAACAUCCGCGGGGCCUCGGGCCGAGGAAGUGGGGGCAACGGAGAUCGCAACUCGGCGCCUCGGGCGGCCCCAGCUCGCCGGAUCACAGCCCUCAGUCCUGAAGAGCUUACCCAGGGAUUCCUGCUUCAUGAAGAACAACUGGCGAUGCUACAGCAUCAGGUCUCCAUCGUCUUUAAGUUCCCUGAAGACUCAUCCAUCGCGCGCAGCCUCAUGAAAGCCGUGCGCGAAUGGCAGGCAGAGCACAAGGCCGGCACAUCUCAUCCGUGGGGGUCGUGUUCGCGCUACACGGCUGCGUCCCUCCUCAAGGAACUCACCAAGUUCGACGACCCACCGAAGAACUUCUGCAGCGCAGACAACAAGUACUUCAAGAAAGUGGUGCAGGAACUUGGCACGCAGGAUGAUGGAACACAGCAUGAGCAGGCCAAAGCCCAGGGCAACGGUCUCCUCGCCUCCGGGCGCAGCUUAUUGGAUCUCCCGCCAGUCCGCAGCAGCAUAGACGCCAUGGCAGCCUGGACAGUCCUAGACCCGGCUAAGGAGGCUCGCGCAGUUCUGGACGAGAUGGCUAAGCACAUGCUUGAUGACCCCAGCAUGCCGGCCCCAGCCCCACUUCAAUCUCCUCCCGCAGACGUCCUGAGGACACUAUUGGCAGGAAAUGAGGCGGGCCAGGCGAUUGGCAAGGGCAACUCCUCAGAGGUCCACGCCUGCCAAUCUGAACCUCGCUAUGUCAUUCGCACUGUGCGCCAACAGGAUGAAGUCGAAUGGCAGCGCGAACUCUCGCGGCUGCGAAGAGUACCUGCCCUUUCGGUCAUUACCACUAUUUUUGCCACGAGUGGCCGCCGCUCUUUGAUGCCAAGGCUCUGGCCAGUUCCUCGAGGUGCACUUCGAACGAUGGAGGUCAUCCGGCUCAAGUCGGACCCGGCCUGCUUUGUCCUCAUCGACUACUCAGGCUGCACUGGAGACUCGGUCUACCCCCUCCAUCUCGGAUACGGAGCCUCGGGCUACGGUGGCGUAACGAAUCGCCCUCCAACGCUCGAGUCGCCGCCGGAUCCGAUACGGACCGCAAACAGCGACUACUACCGUCUGGCUCGCACCAUCCUCAAGCAGCUGCACAUUGGCCCUGAACCUUCCAAGCGGAAGCACUCGGACAGGGAAACCUCCCUGCCCUCACACCUCGACAAGGAGCUUCGCACAUGGCUGGAGCGCGACACUUGGCCCCGCCCACCUGGCCCCACGUCUCCGUUUCCACCGGGAUCCUGGCAGGACUCAGCCAUCUCCCCUACUGUCACUUUGCACGCCUCAUUGUGGAAGUCCAAUGGCGAGGUUAAGUCUGACACGGCGACCUUCACCUCACCGGCUUCCAAAUUUGGCAACUCCAAUGGCACACUGGUACCGGAGGGCGUCGCCGGCGAAGGGAUGCAGGGCACGGGAAGCUGGGAGAGAUCGGCUAUCUCGGCGCCCAAAUGUCAGUUGAAGACUUGCGGCCGCUUUGCCCGGACCAUCUUUCAAGAGAUCUUCCCGUGGCAGGACGCCCCAUCUUCGGGGAUACCAGACAAGAGUGCAAUCGUCGACCAAGGAGCGCCCCCGCCUGGAGCACAAGUACCAGCGCAAGCAGUCUUUUCUGCUCCUGUGCAGAAUGCAAUCCGCGCUGCGGCGGCCAACCUUAGCGGUGCCAUCAGCUUUGCCCAGGACAUGGAGCAGUCGAUGCCCUCACACACCCAUCAGUCCUUGCUUCGGACAACUUCAGACAUUUUGUGGGAGGUGUCCGAGGAGCUCCUCAUCGCUGCUCGCAAUGACGCCUCCUCUACAGCCCCGGGCUCGGCGUCUGAGGCAGCUGACCAGCCAAUGGCACAGGCACUGUACGAGGCCAAAAAGAAGCCAAGCGGCGUUAUCAAGUCUCAUGUGCCGGGAGGUCGGUCAGACUUUCCUAGCUGGUGGUUGGACACAUGUGGCAUCUUCGGCCGCACCCUGCUGGAGCCGGGUCCCAGCCCGGCCAAAACGUCCCCGACUCCUUCUGAGCUGGACAAGCAGCGCCAAGAAUCGGUUGCAACGGCUCUGAAGCUCGACGCGAGCCCCCACGAGGCUGGCAUCAAGCUCCUGCUACCUCCUCUCAUGGACAUCACCGACAACCCCUUCACUCUGUGUCCUACUGAGAAUCUGGCAACGAGCUGUCUGCACUCAAAGUGGGCUCCACUUGGGGUCUUCAGUCGACUCCUGGACGGCCUCCCCUCGCUACAAGAUUCGAGGCACUCCUCUCCAAGCAUCGAGCAGCCGCCGAACUACAAGAGCAUUUUCUUUGGGGCUUACUCGCAGGGUCAGGCAAUGGGACUGCACUCCGAUCCUCACAAUCACAAGGACGUCCCGAAUGUCUUGAUCCCCCUCUCGGUGUUUACUGGUGGCCAGCUCUUCGUGGAAUCUGACGAGGGUGACGUCUGCCUGGACGUACAGAACAACAUUCGGGGACACAUUCAUCCCAUCACUCUCCCCUUUUUGGCGUUUGAUGCCCACAAGCGGCACUCCAUUCUCCCAUGGUCGGGCUGUCGCCUGAUCUUGGGCUCUUUUCAUGUUAGCGGCGCGGAGCGGCUACCACUGGGAACGCGCAACAUACUCCGUUCAUUGGGCUUCUCUCUGUACAAAGAUGGUCAGGUCAUCUUGGAGGAGGCGGCCGCUAGAUGGCGCAAACGGGAUCAGUUCGAAUUCCUGAGCAGCCAAAACGCCGACCGGCCUGGCAGCGCUGCUGGCUGCGUCGCCGCCUUCGGCCGGCACAGUGCCCCGCCAGCUUUGUCAGUAGACGGGCUCAAGCAGGCCACGCACUUACGCUCUGCAGCAUCAUCUUCCUGCAACGUGCUCUCAGUCUUCACAGCUUCAAGGGCUAGGAGGCUUGGCCUGCCUACGGGCCGCUGUCCAGCAAUGUCGGCUGCCCAGACAGCCGCGAUGCCGUUCCUCGUCCUGAGCGACAGCACCCUCCAGUACCUCCUAUGGAUGGACGGCUCUGGAAAGUCAUAUGGGGUCGAGACGGUGGACAGAAACCGCCUUCACCAGGCGAUAAUCUGCCCGGGCGCAUCUCUCAUUAUGCCCCGCGACGGGCCGGUUCGCACACCACCGGUCCUUGAAGUCCUGGCGUGGCACUUCAUCCGCGUGCUGGGCCACGAGGAGCCAUUCCCAACCGAUCAUGCACCGCUGAUCGCGCUCCUCAAAAAGUAUUAUUACUCAGACGUCUACGUUCGCCUGAUACCUCUUCGCCAGUCUUUGAACCCCGAAAAGCAGGGAGCUUACGACUGGCUGGCGGAUGUCAGAGAUCAAUAUGGACUAGCUGCCGAUGACCUCUCCGACCAAACCAUCAUGUCACUACAGGGCAACGACCCGGGUCUG